AUGACAGAUGAACAACCCAAUGUUAGUCCUUUACAAAAACUUGAUGCAUCCAACAUCCGAAAUGUUUGUAUAAUUGCUCAUGUAGAUCAUGGAAAAACUUGUCUCGCUGAUUGUCUUAUCUCUUCAAAUGGAUUAAUUUCUGCACGUUUGGCUGGCAAGCUGCGAUAUAUGGAUAACCGUGAAGAUGAACAAGUUCGUGGAAUAACAAUGAAGGCAUCAGCAAUUGCUCUAGUAUACAAAAAUAAAAUCAUAAAUUUGAUUGAUUGCCCAGGACAUGUUGAUUUUUCGGGCGAGGUCUCUUCAGCGUUGCUGUUAUCGGACAUAGCUUUUUUAGUAGUCGAUGUGGUUGAAGGAGUUUGUUCACAGACAGAAUUCUUUCUUCGACAAGCAAUUCAACUAAAUCUAGAAAUAAUCCUUGUUUUCAACAAAGUAGAUCGAUUAAUUGUAGAAUUGAAACUUACUACAGCCGAAGCUUUUGUUUAUAUUCGGCGUCUGCUGGAGCAAGUUAAUAGUUGCAUCAGUCAAAUUAUAUCAGGUGUUUUAUUAGAGCAAAAAGAUUGGCAUGAUAUGGAGCGUGCUGAAAAGGAUCUUCAUUUUUUACCAGAAAAUGAAAAUGUUAUAUUUGCUUCAGCCGUGCAUGGAUAUGGAUUCUGUCUGUCAGAUUUUGCCUCACUGUGGUCCAGUAAAGUCGGCAUCCCUGAAAAAGAAAUACUGUCGAAGUUUUUUACAGAUUCAUACUUUUCAAAAGGUAUUAUAAAAGAAGGUGCAGAACAUUUAGGUAAAAAAACUUUAUUUGAGCAGUUCAUUUUGCAGCCACUGUGGGAUGUCCAUCAUUCUGGUUUAAUAAACGAGGAUUUGAAGAAACUGAAGGUAUUUGCAAAUAAGAUGAAUAUUGAAAUUCGAAACAAACGUGCAACUGAAGCGUUUGAUGAGUUCAUGCGUGGUUGGCUUCCUUUAACAAAAGCAUGUUUUCGAGCUGCUAUUCAAGCAUCACCUUCAUCUCAUUCGUUUACUCGACUCGGGCGUUUGGCGUCUUUGUCCUUACAUGAAAACCAUUGUCUUUAUGAAGUUGUUAAAGCAUGCGAUCGUACAGGCAUAGCUGUCAUUUUUGUUGCUAAAGUCUUACAGUAUGGAAAAAAAGUCCUCGCCAUGUGUCGAGUGCUUUCUGGAAGCGUCCGAAAGAAUGAUAAUCUAGAGACGGUAAUUGUUUCUGAAGUUUAUUUACUCAUGAGUCGGGAAAAAAUCAUUGUAAGCCAAGUUGUUGCUGGAGUAGUGUGUGCAAUCGAAUUUGAUGGUGACGUUGUGGCGACUACACUUUGUAGUGAACCGGUUGCAGAAGGUCUUUGUCAUAUGACACGUGGCGUGGAACCUUUAGUCCGUGUAUCUAUAGAACCGAAGCAUGGCUUAGAUGAACUGCCACGUUUAAAGGCUGCUUUGAAACAACUUAGCAUAUUGGAUUCGAAUAUCCGGGUCAUUGAGCAGGAAAAUGGUGAAUUAGCUAUGUUUGCUGCAGGAGAAGUUCAUCUUGAGAAAUGUCUUACCGAUUUGUAUGAUAUGGGACAUAGUGAUAUAAAAGUUUCAGAGCCUUUAGUGCCUUUUUUUGAAACUAUAGUUUGUGUCCCUGGAACGUCUAGCAGUUCAUUUCAAACUGUGAAUUAUGAUGUGCGUAGUGGUCUAGCUGAAAUAAAAUUGCGUGCUGCGCCUUUACCUCGGAAACUCAUUGAUGUACUAGAGAAAAAUGAUAAUAUUAUACGGGAUUUACGGCACGGGAAAUUCACAUCAGCAGCAAGUGAUUUAUAUAAGAUCUUGGUGGAUGAUGGUGUGAAUUGGUUGAAAGAUCUCAAAGGAAGUUUCUGGUCAAAACAACGUAUUGAAUAUAUUAGGCAGUUAAUUGAUAAAAUAUGGGCAUUUGGACCAUCUAGAGCAAAGUUUAAUAUACUUUUUAAUGCAGUCGAAAGCUAUGACAGACCAUCUAUAUGGGAAAAAAAUGCGCCGAAAUUUCGAUGUUUUGACCAGUCGAUGAUAGCUGGGUUUGACCUUGCAGUAGAAUCAGGUCCUUUAUGCGAAGAACCAAUGUGGGGCACAGCGAUUAUUGUUACUGAGUGGACGGUAAAAGACUUAAAUGAUCCCUCAAUGGCUGGUGCUUUGAUAUCUGGGAUGAAACAGGCAUGUAGAGAAGCUCAGAAUAAACUUCCACUUCGACUUAUGGCGGCAAUGUACAAAUGCACUGUGCAAACAAAUACUCAGGCAUUAGGUAAUGUGCAUACAGUUCUUUCCCAGAGACGAGCUAAGAUAUUAACGGAAGAUAUAAACGAAGCCAGUGGUCUAUUUGUUGUUAAAGCGCACUUGCCUGUAAUCGAAAGCUUUUCAUUUUGUGAGCAGUUAAGGAAAAAGACAAGUGGUUUUUCAUCAGGUCAGUUGGAAUUUUCUCACUGGGAAGUCGUCGAUGAAGAUCCAUUGUGGGAACCUACUACUGAAGAGGAGAUUGAAGUAUAUGGCCUUAAAGGAGAUUCCAUGAAUCGGGCUCGAUUAUACAUGGAAGUUGUAAGAAAACGAAAAGGUCUAUUAACUAGCGAGCUUGCUGUAGUCAAUGCUGAGAAACAGAGGACUUUAAAAAGGAAUCGCUGA